CCAUUACUCUACUCUCGAGUCUCAAACAGCCAGAGAAAGAGAGAGAGUGAGAGUGUCUGAAAAAGAGUUUUGUCUGUCUGAAACUGAGAGAAAACGCUUUAAUCAGUCAAAUUCAUCAAUGUCGACGGAACGAGAAGUAGUUUGCGUCACCGGCGCCAGUGGCGGCAUCGGCUCGUGGCUCGUCCAUCUGCUCCUCCAACGCGGCUACUCCGUCCACGCCACCGUGAAAAACCUCCAGGAUGAGAAAGAGACAAAACAUCUGGAAGCUCUCGAAGGUGCGGCCACGCGCCUCCAUCUAUUCGAGAUGGAUCUCCUGCAGUACGACACUGUUUCCGCCGCCGUCAAAGGAUGUUCCGGCGUAUUCCACCUUGCAUCGCCCUGUAUCGUCGAUGAGGUCCAAGAUCCCCAGAAGCAACUACUUGACCCGGCGGUUAAGGGAACCAUAAAUGUACUGACGGCGGCGAAAGAAGCCGGCGUUAAGAGGGUUGUGGUGACGUCAUCCAUAUCGGCGAUAACCCCAAGCCCCAACUGGCCUGCCGAUAAGAUCAAGAACGAGGAAUGUUGGGCUGACCAAGACUACUGCAACCAAAAUGGAUUGUGGUAUCCACUGUCGAAGACGCUCGCCGAGAAGGCAGCUUGGGAGUUUGCAGAGGAGAAAGGAUUGGAUGUGGUUGUGGUGAAUCCAGGCACUGUCAUGGGUCCUAUGAUUUCUCCAUCCCUUAACGCAAGCAUGCUCAUGCUUCUACGCCUUCUUCAGGGGUGCACAGAGACGUACGAGAACUUCUUCAUGGGGUCGGUGCAUUUCAAGGACGUGGCCUUAGCCCAUAUUCUUGUCUACGAGAACCCAUCUGCAAAAGGAAGACACUUGUGCGUCGAGGCCAUCUCUCACUACGGUGAUUUUGUAGCCAAAGUGGCUGACCUCUAUCCCAACUACAAUGUCCCCAAGUUACCGAGAGAGACUCAACCGGGUUUACUCCGAGCCAAGAACGCUGCAACGAAGCUGAUGGAAUUGGGGUUAGAGUUCAGGUGCAUGGACGAAAUCAUCAAGGAAGGUGUGGAGAGUCUUAAAAGCAAAGGGUUUAUCUCUUAACGCAUCUCCUUAAUUGGGAAUUAAAAACAAAAUCUGGAGGCAGCAGAACUAUCAUGUAAUAUGAUAUAAGAUUUUGCAGUUCAUAAUAAAUAAGCUACACAUUGUUAUGGUGAUCCAACUAAUUUUAUCAUUAAUAAUAUCGUGUGUGAAUCUGAA